AUGGGAGGGGCGGGCGUGCUUCUACUGCUGCUGGCUGGAGCCGGCGUGGGGGUGGCCUGGAGACCACCAAAGGGAAAGUGUCCUCUGAGCUGCUCCUGCUCCAAGGAUAGUGCCCUGUGUGAGGGCUCUCCGGACCUGCCCGAGAGCUUCUCCCCGACCCUGCUGUCACUCUCACUCGUUAGGACUGGAGUCACCCAGCUGAAGGCCGGCAGCUUCCUGAGGGUGCCCACACUGCACCUGCUCCUCUUCACAUCCAACUCCUUCUCUGUGAUUGAGGACGAUGCAUUUGCGGGCCUGUCCCACCUGCAGUACCUCUUCAUUGAGGACAAUGAGAUUGGCUCCAUCUCUAAGAACGCUCUCAGAGGACUCCGCUCCCUCACACAUCUGAGCCUGGCCAAUAAUAAUCUCGAGACCCUCCCCAGAUUCCUGUUCCGAGGCCUGGAGACCCUAACUCAUGUGGACCUCCGCGGGAACCCGUUCCAGUGUGACUGCCGCGUCCUCUGGCUCCUGCAGUGGAUGCCCGCCGUGAAUGCCAGCGUGGGGACUGGGGCCUGCGCCGGCCCCACUGCUCUGGCCCACAGGCAGCUCCGCCACCUCGACCCCAAGACGUUCAAGUGCAGAGCCAUAGAGCUGUCCUGGUUCCAGAUGGUUGGGGAGUCGGCGCUGGGCGUGGAGUCUUUCUCCUACCAGGGGGAGCCCCAUGUCGUCCUGGCACAGCCUUUUGCGGGCCGCUGCCUGAUCCUCACCUGGGACUACAGCCUGCAGCGCUUCCGGCCUGAGGAAGAGCUCCCCGCGCCCUCGGUGGUGUCCUGCAAGCCGCUGGUGCUGGGCCCGCGCCUCUUCAUGCUGGCCGCCCGCCUGUGGGGGGGCUCGCAGCUGUGGGCCCGGCCCAGCCCCGGCCUGCGCCUGGCCCCCACGCAGGCCCUGGCCCCACGGCGGCUGCUGCGGCCCAACGAUGCCGAGCUCCUGUGGCUGGACGGGCGGCCCUGCUUCGUGGUGGCCGACGCCUCCAAGGCAGGCAGCACCACGCUGCUGUGCCAGGACGGGCCCGGCUUCUACCCCCGCCAGAGCCUGCACGCCUGGCACCGGGACACGGACGCCGAGGCUCUGGAGCUGGACGGCCGGCCCCAUCUGCUGCUGGCCUCCGCCUCCCAGCGGCCCGUGCUCUUCCACUGGCUCGGGGGCCGCUUCGAGAGGCGCACGGACAUCCCCGAGGCCGAGGACGUCUAUGCCACACGCCAUUUCCAGGCUGGUGGGGAUGUGUUCCUGUGCCUGACGCGUUACAUCGGGGACUCCAUGGUCAUGCGCUGGGAUGGCUCCAUGUUCCGCCCGCUGCAGCAGCUUCCCUCACGUGGUGCCCACGUCUUUCAGCCACUGCUCAUCGCCAGGGACCAGCUGGCCAUCCUGGGCAGUGACUUCGCCUUCAGCCAGGUCUUCCGCCUUGAGCCUGACAAGGGGCUCCUGGAGCCUCUGCAGGAGCUGGGACCCCCAGCCCUGGUGGCCCCUCGUGCCUUUGCCCCCAUCACCUUGGCCGGCAGACGCUUCCUCUUCGCUGCUUGCUUCAAGGGCCCCACACAGAUCUACCAGCAUCACGAGUUAGACCUCAGUGCCUGAGACCCCACGGGACCUUGGCUAUGGCUUGGAGGGGAGGGGGCAGUGGCCCAGGGAGGCCCAGGCCGCUGGACACCCACUUGGGCUCCUGGCCCUACUCUGGCUGAUGGUCCCUGUGAGGUACUGACCACAGGCCAAGCUCAAGGCAAGAGCUGUCCUUCAAGUCAUAAGCAACAUCUCGGCUAGGGGCACAUGCCCCGACUAAGGAUGACUUGGGGGCUCGGGCUGGGGCACUUGCAAGGAGCCGGGAUACAGAAGUCAUGAUGGGGGUAAUGUGCAGAACUCCGUGAGGUCUGGAAGUGCCCCCCUCAACCCACUCCCACCCCUCCUGCUCCCUGUGAAAGUCCUGAGGAAGAGAUAGCUCCCCCUUCCCUCUAAACUCCAUCGGCCAAUCGCUUUUGGCGCCCGCCUCCGUGACGUCAUCAGUCGCUGGGCCGGCCUCCCUGCCGGGCUUGCUAACUUCCUCUGCUGCUUGUGCGCAUGCCUGCAGCCCAGGCGGAAGCCCAGUGUGGUGGCCCUCUUGCGCGUGCGCGGGAAACAGGUGGGCGAGCAGGAGCUGUUGCGGGGAGCCCCGGCUACGCGUCUCCAGUGAGGGACAGGGGAGAGGACGGAAAGUGUAUGAGCU